AUGUCCCGCUCAAAGUUAUUUAUUAUAAUCAGCAUAGUGGCCGUUUUAAUUCUCGCACUUCUUAUCGGCGGCUUCUUCCUGCUCGACUAUUUCUUUCUGAAACCGCGCGGUUUCUGCUUCUUCGGCGAUCGUUCAACGCUCGAUGAUGAAUGUUGGCCGCGUUUCAUCGACGUUGUCAACGAAUAUGAAAAAGUCAACGUGACAUAUCGAUUUCUGGGUAAACCUGAAGAAUACGCCGGUGUAGUGCCGGCAUGCGGAAAAAUGAGCGAAUGCCUAUCAAAGGUGAAAUGUGAUCAUUCAAGCCAAACGAAAAAUUUCACAACAAUUUGCUCAUUUUUCAAUUAUUAUACCAAGGAUUUCGCAUCGUGCGCCAAUCAAUUGUACGAGAAGCGAAAUGAUGUCGAUUGCCUUUCAUUAUUGUUCAAUGAUAGUAGUGAGGAGACUGAUAUGUGUGUUCAAUGGGACCAUAUGCAACCCUGUAUUCAUCAGCAAAUCAACAAUAUCUGCGGUGACGUAAUGGGCCUUCGACGCGACAAAUACAAAUUGCAUGCCGACGAGUUUCGCUAUAUGAUCUGCGAUAUGGUGUUGCCUAUCGAUGAAGACGACAAUGAUGAUCAUGAGAAGAAGAAGAAUUCCUAA